GGACAAUAAAAUCCCUGACAUCACGGUUCGCGCGGGCUCGGCGGGGGGAGGUCAGGCCGGCCACUCGGCUAUAAAGUAGCCCUGCUCCCCGCACAGCCUUGCAGUGCAGUCGCCGGCCCCGCUCCUCACGCACCUUCCAAUGGAUAUCACCAUCCACAACCCCCUCAUCCGCCGGCCGCUCUUAUCUUUGGUGGCGCCAAGUCGCAUCUUUGACCAGACUUUUGGAGAGCAUCUGCAGGAGUCAGAGCUGCUCCCUACCUCCCCUGGCCUCAGCAGCUUCCUGAUGCGGUCCCCCAUCUUUCGGAUGCCCAGCUGGAUAGAGACGGGGCUCUCUGAGAUGCGACUGGAGAAAGACAAGUUUACUGUAAACCUUGAUGUGAAGCAUUUCUCUCCUGAGGAACUGAAAGUGAAGGUAUUAGGGGACAUGAUAGAUAUCCAUGGGAAACAUGAGGAGCGCCAGGACGAGCAUGGCUUUAUUGCCAGGGAGUUCAGCAGGAAAUACAGGAUUCCAGCUGACGUGGAUCCCCUGACCAUAACCUCAUCACUCUCUUUGGAUGGCGUCUUGACAGUGAGUGCACCAAGGAAACUAAGUGACCUGCCUGAGCGCACGAUCCCUAUCACCCAUGAGGAGAAGCCUGCCAUUACAGGAGCCCAAAGGAAGUAGGCUGCUAUUUAAAGUCAGACUCGGGCUUUUCAAGAACAGUUCACGCCACAUGCCAGCUGUAGUGAAUGGCCACUCUUAUUUAUUUAUGCUGAGUAAAUUUACUAACAAAUAAAACCUGAAUAAGCACUUUGUAUUUUUGUUUCUGAAUGCUCAGGACAUGCGAAGUGUUGUCUUAAUAGAGCUGCAUAAGCUUCCUGUGCAGUGAAACAUACCUGGCAUCAUUCCUGCUUACAGCCUGAACACUGGUGUGUCCAGGAAAGCUUGUCCUGGUGGUCAGAAUCACUUUGCUGGUUUCAUUUCAUUUCAUUACUCCCAUGUUUUGCAAAUGUCUAAUUGCAUGAGCCCUUUCCCUCAGUUUUUCUGAAUGUGUUUCACAAGCAAUUGGAAAGUCUCUCUGCAGGAGACUAGACUGAUAAGACAAUUACAUGACAGUUGAAACCCAUUCUAAAUGCGGGUCUUAGAUAUCAACUGAAUGGAGGACAAUUGUAUCUUAAAUCUCUACAAUGACUCAUGGUAUGGGGAAGUGUCCAAGUGCUGCAACCAAUUCAGACCGUUUGCAAAUGACAGUUGCAUAGUUGCUGUAAACAGAUACGCCCAGAGCAGAGAAAAAUGUCCUGCUCUCAUGGUGCAAAUCACAUCAUUUUGAAAC